AUGAGGGACAGAUGGAAAAAUUGUUUGAACCUGCGCAAAAUAGUAGCCCAUUCCGAGAGCCUUAUGAGCAAGCUGUUUGAAACAACAACAAUCAGAAUGGAAGCUCUAAGUAAUAGCUUCGAAAACGCCGUUAAGAGCAUGUCCGAUGCCGUGACUGGUAGUAUGAAAGAACUUCACUCCGCUAUGUCAACACUGGCCACCAGUGUUACUGAUUGUCAAAAGCAGGAAAAGAAAGAUGAAGAACGUCGGUCUAAAAAUGUUAUCAUUUCCGGUCUCGAGUUGCAGCCAGGAUGUAACGACAAAGAUAUGGUUUUAUCGUUAUGCGAGAACCACCUCACGGUCAAGCCAACAAUUGCUAGAACUCGCCGUAUCGGAAACCACAGGUUAUGUGUCACGCUAGACAAUUCAUCGGCAGCUGAGGACCUGAUUGCCUCAUUAAGGAUCCUCCGCUCUUCUUCAACAACAAAAGGUAUCUUCAUCAACCCUGACCUUUCCAAAAGGCAGGCCGAACAAGCCUUCUUGAUCAGACAGGAGAGACGUCGCAUCAGAACUACCAACAACAACUCUAAAAAUGCCCAGCCCUUUCUUUCAAAGCAAAAUGAUCUCAAUUUAUUUUUGUCAGUUUACAGACCAGAAAUAUUUUCUGUUAUAGAAACAUGGCUUACUCCAAAUGAUCCUGACAACUUAUUUUUACCUAGCGGUUAUUCUUUUGUUCGCAGAGAUCGUGCAACACGUGGUGGCGGCGUGGCUUUCAUCAUCAAUGACACUAUUCAAUACAAGAUCGUUUCAAUACCAUCCCAGUUCUCCCACAUAGAAAUAGUUUCAAUUGAUGUUUCCAUUUCAAAGAAAAAUUAUCGCUUCAUCUCGUACUAUCGAAGUGGUGGUUUUGAUAAAUCAGCAGAGGAAUAUGCGUUUGAUAGUGCCAGGUGCAUCAAAGAACUUAGCAAGGGAGAUGUGAUUUGCAUCUCGUACUAUCGAAGUGGUGGUUUUGAUAAAUCAGCAGAGGAAUAUGCGUUUGAUAGUGCCAGGUGCAUCAAAGAACUUAGCAAGAUAGAAAAUGUUCAGAGAAGAUUUACCAAAUUCAUUCCGUCAAUUCGUCAUCUUCCAUAUUUGUCUAGAUUGCAAGCGGUAGGACUACAAACACUUGAGCGGCGUAGAUUGGUUCUUGAUUUGUGCUUGCUGUAUAUAUAUGGUGGUUUAACCUCAUUGAGGGAUACAAUGGGUUGGACCAUUGAUAGGUUUAACCUCAUCAACACAGAUUUAAAUGGUUUUUUCAUCCCUUCACAUUAUCUGUCAACUCGCAGUCACCCAUGUCGACUGCAAGAUUUCAACGCUGGAGACAACAAUGAUAAAGAUGUGCUAAUGAUGAUGACAAGGGCAGUGAUUAUGAAUCAUGAUAACAACAACAAUAUUUACUUUGACAACGAAGGUGAUGAGGAGGAAGAAGACGACGACGAAGACAACGAUGAUUAUGACUCACCGUCAUAA